UGUUGUGUGAAUAGCAACAAUAAUUUUGGUCAAGUCACAAUUAUCGAAGAAGGGUUUGUUUGCUCGUGAGAGUUGUACAAAAAAGCAAGCAGACAUUAUUUCAGUUAUACCAUUGAUAUGCAAUCUUUGAAUGUUUACUGUAAUUACAUUGGUCAUUAAAUCCUAUCUUCGCAACCAUUGUUGAACAUUAUAUUGAUGUUUACGGUGGUUUCCGUGGUAAUAGUGAAUCGUACUCGGGAGAAUCAUUUCAUGUUCUGGUGUAUUUUUGAGAAUGUGUGCUUGCAGCGGAAAAAAUACGACAAAGAAAAUCACAGUUAACAACACAGCAUGAUAACAUAUUAUCCUGAGAAGGAAAGAGCGGUGAAAUGCUGUCAACUGGCAAUAUCAAAAGACACAGGGAGACUCAAAUGGUAUCUAGGGGUUGGAAGGAAGGAAUCAAAGUGGCAGCAGAAAAGAAAGAUCAUAUUGAUGCUAACCAUAACAAUUGUGGUGUUACUUUUAGUGGGACUUGUUUUUGGAGCAGUCUCACAUUUUUAUGCCAGGGAUGGAAGUUUCAUGCACAAUCACUCCUAUGAACAUCAUGGACCCAACAUAUAUGUAAAAAAGUUUUCACAUGAUUCUGAAGGAAUAAAACUAGAGGACAGAGACCUGAUGCAAGAUAUACAAACAAAGUUUGCUCCACCAGCAGCAAUCUACUACACAAUUAGACAAAAAAGAAGUAUAUCAGAUGAAGAUGACACACAAGCAUUGCAGACAUACCAGGGUAAUGUAUCAAGUGACUUAAUAAUAUGGGAUGUGCAAGAAAAAAGUUCCAACAUAGAUGCUUUGAAUGGUGGUGGCCAUAUUAUCAAUUCAGCUGCUGCUAAUCAGCCAAGUCAAUCCAUAGCAAAAGUCCACAACAAUAUAAAUUUUGCUCAAACUCACAUUCCAAGCAAUGAGGAACAAAAGUCACCUGCACAUAAUGAAUAUAAUGAGAAGCAAUUUGGAAAGACAAGACAAAAUAUACUGUCUGCAACACACCAGCUUCCAGAGGAAAACAGCAUGGGGUCCCAGGAGAUUAUGCUAAAUGAGGCAGAAAAUUAUAACAAAGUAGCAGCCAAUUACCCUGAUGAAGCAACUGAUGCAGAUUAUGAAAUGGAUGAUACUCAUCACAGCCAUGAGGACAAAGACAAAGGUGUUGUCUACAUUGAUCCUGUUUUGAAAGAAGACCACAUCUUUCCACGGAAGUCAGCUAGGGAGGAUAUUGAUGAAAACUAUAACCAACCACAAGAAGAAGUAGAAGAAGAAGAAGAAGAAGAAGAAGAGGAGGAGGAAAGAUACAGUUUGGAACAAGAAGCUUGGCUUGCCCUCCAGGAUUAUGUUGCAGGAGAAAACCUAGAUUUACACACUUUUUGGAAGGGAGAAGGAGACUUCCAUACAAUCAGACAUGCUCAAGCAAAGAUAAUGUCAAGCUAUAUGGAUGUCAAUGCAGACCCAUGCCAGGAUUUCUACCAGUAUGCAUGUGGUAACUGGGGGAAGAAACAUCCAAUUCCAAAGGACAAAACAACAUAUGAUACAUUUGAAAUCCUGCGUGAGAACUUGGAUGCUGUUCUGAAAGAGUUGCUGGAGGAGAAACCAAACACUGAAUACCAUAAUGAGGCCACUGAAGUUUUGCAAAAUGAUGCUGCCACUAAGGCAAAGCAUUUCUUCCAGUCUUGCAUGAAUUAUGAGAUCCUGAAGCAAAGAGCAGAGCAGCCACUAUUAAAACUGCUUGACCAACUUGGUGGCUGGCCAAUGCUACAGCCUGACUGGGACAGCUCACAGUUUGAUUGGUUACUACUCAUGGCCAAGCUGAGGCUCUAUAAUAAUGACAUCCUCAUCUCACAGUGGGUUGGGCCAGAUAUCAAGAAUUCCAAUGAGUAUGUAAUACAGUUUGAUCAGACUAGCCUAGGGUUGCCUACAAGGGACUACUUUGUACAACCAUCCAAUAUGAUGUACCUGGAAGCUUAUAAGAGUUACCUUAUUAAGAUUUCAACAUUACUAGGCGCUCCUCUGGACAAUGCCAUCGAAGAAGCUGAGGCUCUCAUUAACUUUGAGACCAGGCUUGCUGAGAUCACAUCAGGUCCAGAUGAGCGUCGGAAUGUGAGUGAGUUGUAUCAGAGGAUUAGCAUUGGACAGUUGAUGCAGCUUGUCCCAGAGGUUGACUGGGCUCGGUACCUUAGUUUGGUCUUGGCUCGCCCCAUCAACAUUUCAGAGCCAGUUGUUGUGUUUGCAUUGAAUUACAUUCAGAACCUUGUUACUCUUCUUCAUAAAACACCAUCGAGGACAGUAGCAAACUAUUUGCUAUGGAGGUUUGUCAGGCAUCGAGUAAAUAACUUGGACGACCGUUUCCAAGAAGCAAAGCAGCAGUUUUAUCACAUCUUAUUUGGAAGGGAAAAGGCACCAUCACGGUGGAAGAACUGCGUUGCUGAAGUGAACCACCAUUUGGGCAUGGCUGUUGGUGCCAUGUUUGUACGCAAGUACUUUGAUGAGAACAGCAAGAGGGAUACUGUUCAGAUGACAGAAGAGAUCAUGCAGAAUUUUCAGGAAUUACUCAGUCAAACAAGUUGGAUUGACACAGAAACAAAAGAGCUGGCUGCUGAAAAAGUGGAUGCAAUGGCACUGCGGAUUGGAUAUCCUGAUUACAUUCUUAACCCACAACUCUUAAAUGCACAAUAUGAAGACUUGCUGAUCCAUCCAGAUCAGUAUUUUGAAAAUGUGGUCAACAUCCUUCAGCAUCUGACAAGGGAGGAACAGAGUCAUUUAGGCACUCCUGUCAAUAAGUCCAUUUGGAAUACAGCACCUGCAGUUGUCAAUGCUUAUUACAGUCGUAAUAAGAAUCAGAUCAUGUUUCCAGCUGGGAUCUUACAGCCUCCAUUUUAUCAUCACUAUUUCCCACGCAGCCUUAAUUAUGGAGGUAUUGGUGUUGUGAUUGGGCAUGAAAUUACACAUGGAUUUGAUGACAAAGGCCGCUUGUUUGAUAAAGAUGGGAAUCUACAUCGAUGGUGGAAUGAUGAAGCUAUAGAAGAAUUUAACCAUCAUGCACAGUGCUUAAUUGAUCAGUACAGUCAUUAUACAGUGAAAGAGGCGGAAAUACAGAUUGAUGGUAUUAGCACCCAAGGAGAAAAUAUAGCUGACAAUGGUGGCAUAAAGCAAGCUUUCCGGGCUUAUCAAAGGUGGCUGAAUGAAUACGGGGAUUUUGGUGAGACUCUUCCAGGUAUAAAUGCAACAGGCCAUCAAUUAUUUUUCCUGAACUUUGCUCAAAUAUGGUGUGGUACGAUGAGACCUGAAGCCACACGUAACAUACUUAAAACAGCUGUCCACUCACCUGGGAAGUUCAGGGUAAUAGGAACUUUAUCCAACUCUGAAGAUUUUGCAUUAACGUUCAAGUGCCAACUUGGAAUGCCCAUGAAUCCCAUAAAAAAAUGCUCAGUAUGGUGAUCAGCCUCCUCGGAUUACGGCCGUACAGCUCACUACGUAACAGCGAGAAUCAACUAAAACACUGACGAUCUACGUGUUAAAUUUGCGUCUUCAGUAAACCAUCCAUGAAGACAUUUAGGCACUGGACUUGGAGUGGUGAAGGUUGCUCGACUCAGUUCUCGCCACGUAGAAGCAUCCAAUACAAGUAUUCCUACCUCUCUUUCUAGUCCUUUGCCCCAUACCAGUGCUGAUAAUACAACUCCAUCAUCCUCAUUCUGGUACCAGAGCACAUAAAAUGAAGCAAUGUCUUAUAUUCUUAUAUGAAGGAAUCUUACAAUUAUAAACUUAUUCAUUGUAAUAUCAUUAAUACAAGAAUACAGUGGCUCACCUUAGGAUGUGGUGAGGGUACAAAAAUUGGCUCACUUGGAUACACAUUUUCCUCACACCACGUAAACCUCGUGCAGGUUUUAAUAUCCACUUUAAUCAGCUGAAACAAUGUACAUUAUUUUACUACUGGAUAUUAUCUACUAGAAAUGUAAUGUAUAUUUCUGUAAACCUGUGCAAAAAGCUAAAAGAGGAGUACCAAAACUGGGACCUGACCAUGAAUAAGAACGAGGCGAAAUAUCUCUGCACAGGAGGACAGGCAGAAAUUUGCAGCUUGAUGAUGGUAUCAGGGUGUGGGCUUGUGAAACGUGUACACUGGGGUGAAGGUUGACAAGAGUAGGAGAUGUGAGACGGAAAUUCUAAGCAGGAUAUCUAAAGGAAAGAGGGCUAUAAGAGCUCUGAAUUAUAUCUAUGGUGAAAUACCAUAAAAAUUAAUGUAAAUAAAACACAUAUACAACUUC